AUGGCGGGCGACGACGACGACGACGGGCGCGACGACGGGCGCGACGAUGACCAAGAGCCGCGGCCGCCGCUGCCAGCGCCAGCGUGGACGGACCCGUUGACGCCCACCGUGGGGUUCGACCCGAUCCUCGGCGCCCUGAGCGCCGCGGCGACGGCGGCGGUGGCGCCCAGCGCGACGGUGGGCGCUGGCAACGGCGCCGCCGCCACUACCACUGCGGAUAACACCACCACGGGCGUGCCGAUGAGCGCUCCCCCCACCGAGCCGCUCCCGCUCCCGCUCCCUAACGGCAGCGGCCACGACAGCGGGCGCGGCAGCGUCCACUCGACUCACUCCGCUGGCGGACUCCGGGCGCUUGCCAGUGCCAGCGCGACGGCGGCGCCCCUCGUCACCCUGGCGCUGAUGGCGCUGGCGGCGCUGGCGCCGGUCGCGGUGCCGAUAACGGCGCUGCCGGCAAACUCCGGCACUACCGGCGCCGACACCGACGGCAUGGGCGCGGGGCGCCCCGACGACUACUACGGGCGGCUGGCGGUGGCGCUGUUUUUGAACCAAUUAUCCGCCCAAGUCGACGGCGAGAUCCCCGCCAACGCCGUGCCCUUUGAGCCCGAACUGGAGGUGUACCUGAUGGGUUAUGGCAGCGACAAUUUGGACGAUGUCGCACUUCCGGCGCCGGCAGUGGCGGAAAAAUUUGUCGACGACUAUUUCACCUACGCAUGGACGUUAUACCCGUUUGUUCACCGCCCCACAUUUAUGGCUACCUAUAGAAAGAUUUGGGACGGGCACGGGGUUCAAAACACGUUGUUUUAUUGCAUUUUGAACUUGACUAUGGCCAUUGGCUCGCUUUUACUGCCGCUGGUGGACUUAGACGAGAAGAUGGCCACUUCGCAAGUGUUCUUUCGCCGCAGCCAACACCUUUUAAGAGUGGAUAUGAUGGAUCAAGGCUCGUUAUUAGGAGUCCAGGCAUUACUCCUAACGGGCCAGUACUUACAGGCGACGCCUCAAUCAGCCGGGUGCUGGAACUAUAUUGGUUUAGCGAUCCGUAUGGCUCAGGGAUUGGGCCUACACGACCAGGAACCGUGCCCCCGCCUGCCGCUGCUGCUGGAUAAGCCACAGCCAACGCUGCCAAUGGGGAAACACAAACUGCUGUGCAUCUACCGGGAGAUGAGGCGGAGAGUUUGGGCCGGCUGUGUGGUGAUGGACAGGAUCGUGCUGUUGACGUUUGGCCGUCCGCUUAUGGUUACUGACUGGCUGCCUACAGAAGUCGAGCCUGUUGAUGACGAGUAUGUUACCGAUGAAGGGAUUAAUGUCCCCCAAGAACAACACCGCCUGGAGCUCUGUUUCUUUGAGCAGACGAUCAAAUUGUACCACAUCUUAGGGGAAGUGCUCCAGACGUUUUACACCGCCACUGCCCCGCUGCUGAUCGACGAUAUAUUAGUGCAAGUGUUUGAGUUUGAGAAGAAAUUGAACCGGUUCCGCGACGGCGUGCCUGAGUUCAUCAGACCCGAUGCGGCGAUGAUCGAGCCCCGCUGGGCCCGCCAGGCUAACGUGCUUCGUCUCCGCUACUUACACUUGAAAAUGAUGCUUUACCGGUCAGUGCUCGUGCCAGCGAAGCUGGUGCUGAACGACUUAUUGGGACUGGCGCAAACGGCGGUAGCGGGUCAGUGUGUGAUCACCGCUAUUCGCGUGGUUAAAUAUAUUGGCGGCCACGUUAAUGACGCCGAUAACGGGGCGUCGCUGCUUCCGGCCCACUGGUAUAACAUCUUCUACGUGUACACGGCAAACACCGUACUUUUGGCAGCGAAGCUCCAGCCGGGGAUAAUGGCUACGGUGAGCUCGGAGGAGCUCGACGAGGCGUGGAACAUGGGGCUUGACCUUCUCGACCGCUACCGCCGCCACAGCCAGAGCGCCGAGAAGUGUAUCCGCGUGCUUGAAGUGAUGGGCGAGAAGGUGGGGAUGGCGACGACAAGCGGCCAGCAGAAGGAGAUGGACCAGAACAUGUUGUUGAGCUUGUUGUACGAUACUCUGGGCCCGUUGGGCGGGCCCUUCUUUUACAACGGGGGGCUCUGA